AUGCUCCUAAUUACUAUUUCAUCUGGACUUCCACAGAUACUUGUUCGACUUAUAAGUUCAUACAGAUUUAACAAAGAAGUAGUGAAUUUUAGUGUUGCUAAUUCAGAGGCAGCUACUCUACAUGAUGCAAUUAAAACGGGGCAGUUGGAUCAUGAUGAUCUAGUUUGGAUACUCAGCACUAGAAACUAUUUUCAGCUUAGAGAAACUUUCAAGUGCUAUAAGUAUAAAUAUGGGAGUUCAAUAGAACAGGAUAUUAUGGCUUCUGGCAAAGGCACUUUGGAGUCUAUUUUGAAAGUGGCUAUUUGGUGCAUAGACGCCCCAGAAAAGCACUUUGCAGAGGUGAUUAGAGCUUCGAUCAUUGGCCUCCGGACUGAUGAGGAUUCUCUGACCAGAGCUAUUGUAACUCGAGCAGAGAUUGACAUGAUGAAAGUUAGAGGAGAAUAUUUCAACAUGCACAAAAGCAGUCUUGAUAAUGCAGUCAUUGGUGACACAUCAGGACACUACAAGAACUUCUUAAUGACGUUGCUGGGUGCAAAGAUUUGAUUCAAUUUGUCUCACCAUAUUCUUCAUGUUUUCUUGUAAUUAAUUAGCUCGGGUACAUGGAUUUGGUAUUAAAGCGUAAGAAAUGCUGCUUUGCUUGGGAUGCUUUUAGCAUUUACUAGUUGAAGAACCACUGGUAUUGUAUGCAUUUUCACUUUUGCUACCUGUUUCCAAGUAAUACAGAAUAAAUAUUGUUGCUGAAA